AUGGCCUCCACUAACGUGUCUCUCCCCGAUUAUGACGUCCCGAACCCGCUCACUCCAAUGGCGUUCUUGGAACCGGGGAUCGCUGUGGAGGUGAUGAACGGGACGUAUAUCCACAUUGGCAUUUUAGCGGUGGUAGUUUGGGACAUGCUACACAACCUGAAGAACGACUAUAUCCUAAUUACUAAAUAUCGAGUCGGCAUCCCUACAAGCGCGUAUUUUCUCUCCAGACUAGCAGUGCUAGUAUAUGCGCUUGGAAGAGCCUUCCUUCUCACCAUCCCCGUAUCGCACUGCCGAAAGCUUGAGCUUGCCAUCGACUCAUUCCUGACGAUCUGCCUAUGUCUCAACACGCUCCUCUUCUACAUUCGCGUCUGCGCGGUAUUCUACAACAAACUUUACGUUAUAAUCUUCUUUGGACUGUUUUGGUGUGCGACAGUCGGGAUGGCAUGCCUGAUCCCAACCGCGAUGACUGCCGUUCACAUAGGGCCUACAAGAUACUGCGUCGAGCAAAUCAGGACGCAUUACCUCAUUCCGACGUACCUUGUCUUUUUCGCCUACGACACGCUCAUUUUUGCGGCGACGUCGUACCGAUUUUAUCGGUUGUAUCGCAUGGAGGAGACUUCGAUACAGGGAGGACUGCGGAUAGCUUUUUUCGGCGCGUCAAUGCCAGCCUUUUCUAAGGCGAUGUUGCACGAGAGUCAGCUAUAUUAUAUGGCGGUGCCUCUCGUCAAGCUCGGCAUCAUCAUUGGCGCUUUCUGCUUCCCCGCGGGUAGCCCAGGACUCGUCCUCAUCGCCAACCUCGUCCCGGUGCACGUCAUGCUCGCAAACGUUGUCACAUGUCGCGUUUUCAGGAACACAAAACUUGGGUUGAUCCGCGAGCCUCUCGACUACGAUACACUUCCUCGAAGCACUCGGCGCAGCUCACGAACAAUCGCGAUGCAGCUUUCGGGUCAGUCGCGGUCAGGAGCGAAUGCGAGGAGCGAAGACCGUGACGUCAAGGACCCCUAUGUAUCGGGUCAGGGAGACAAUGCGAACCCGAUUAAUCUACUCGCAAUUCGGAAAGAGACGAAUACGAUCACCGUCGUCGACUAUCCCAGCCCGCUGGGCGACGAAGAGAUGCCUUGCAGCCCUAUUACAGCAAUUUCAAAGGUUUGA